AGUAAGGCAGUGCUGCGUUACCUGCUCAUCAACUCACUUUACACUGGCUACAGGGCUCAACUUCCGUGUUGUGCACCUGUGGCACAGGUAGGCUAUACACCUGCACUGCGUCAAUUGUUCAUAAGUGGAUACAUCUUCGAUGAUCAGGGCGCAUUACUAAGCUGUCAUUGUUGUGUAGCACUGUAUCGACGGUUUGAUCUAAAAAGACGAGGCUUGUCCCACACCUUAGCAUGACUGAGGACAGAGGAAUUUGCGAUUUAGCUGUAGUGUCCUUACAGGAUAACGAGCCAGAGGCCGACAUGGAAGACCGGGAGAGUCCUGCCUGCCAUCAGAGGAAAAAAGACUCAAAACAACCAGAAGACACUUCUUACCAUCGGUUAAACGGAGGAACGGAUAACGUUGACGAAAGUGGACACGCUGUUGCUUUAACAUUAACCAACAAUCCAAAGUCCGACGCAGAUCCCUCUUCCAUGACCUGCGUUGACCACGACUCUGAGUUGGACUGGUUUUGUAGUUCCGAGGGGAAGCUCAUAUGUUCUCACUGCGCCAUUGUGGGACCGUGUCAGGGUCAUACGGUAACACCACUCGGCACUCAAGCAACAACAGUGAGGAAUCAGCUUGUGGACAUCUGUGAGAAGAUGCAGAUGCAAGCAUUACGGAUUGAGCGCUUUAUCAGCCAAACUUUGUCUGUCAAAGAGAAAGCUAUACAGGCUGACGCGAGUGCGGCGCGGGAGCGCGUGCUGGCCCAGGUCAGCGCGGUGCGGGAGGCCCUGGACGAGGAGGAACAGCACCUCCUGGAGGCCGUGCAGAGAGAGCAGGAGCGCGUGGAGCAGUGUCUGCUCACGCAGCGCGCUCACUGGAGCCAGGCCCUCACCUCGCUCUCGAACACGCGCACCAACCUGGUGCACACGCUCACAAACUCACAGGAUGCAGAGCUGGUGACAUCCAGUCAACAAAUAAAUGAAAGGGUGGAGGAGGCCGAGGGAGUGGGGGAGCCACGUGACACUGAGCAACUGAAUCUCAGCUCAGACUGCAGCGACAGCAGACUCAUGCAGGGCCUGUGGGCCAGCGCUCUUCUCCUGGGGCCCUCAGCUCAUGGGCCUGCCAACCUGCGUUUCCAGGAGCGUUCGGUCAGUACCAUGCUCUCCCUGUCCGCUGAUGAAUGCACGCUCACCUUCCUGCCUAAGCGCGCCCGCCAGUCCCCUCCGUACGACCCGGCCCGCUUCGACUGCUGGCCCAAUGCACUCGGGACCCUGGCCAUCUCCUCGGAGACCCACAGCUGGGUGCUGGAUGUGGGCCAAAGUGCUGCCUACAAGGUUGGAGUGUGCUAUGCCAGCAUGGACCGCAAGGGCUCGGGAAACGGUGCGCGGCUGGGCUACAACGACCGCUCCUGGGUGCUGUCGCACUACGAGGGCGACUUCACCUUCUGCCACGCCGGGCGCCACACGUCUCUCCAUGUGAUCCGGAGACCCCGGCAUGUUGGGAUACUGGUGGACUGGCCCAGCCAGACACUUCUGUUCUACGACCCGGACUCCUACUGCGUCCUGCAUGCCGUCAGUCACCACUUUAGCUCCCCCUUGCUGCCGGCGUGUGCCGUCGCUGACCGCAGUGUCACGCUGCUGCAUUGACCAGAGCAGGGCAGGUGGACAAAGAUGGACACGUAGCUCAAUUUAUAUGGUAAAACGAGAAUGUAAGGUCUGCUUAUACUGUAAGUAUUUCGCUGCUGCUGUGCAAGAAUCGUGAGCUUAUGCUGGAAGGGAGCUGUGAUGUGGCAACAUCCUGACCUCAUAGGGGUCUAGUUGUCCACCCAAUCCUGUCCCAUCUCUCUCCUCCACCUGGUUGCUGUCACUCUCAACUGUCCUAUAGGUAAAUGUACCCCCCCACCACCACACACACACACACACACACCUUUUUAAAUACUUUUUAGUCACUCAGUACUUCUCAUAUUCUCUUGCUGAUUCAUCCCAGCAUUUGGAUUAAUGACCAAUCAUAACCAAUAGCUCUUUCAAUGUACAUAUGAAAUUGCAGAUGUUGGCAAGACAUCACUGAAGACUACAUUUCCCUAAAGCCACCGGUGUGUUUAGCAUGUUGAUUGACAAUGUUCAUGUUUUUCUUUCUUUUUUUUUUUUUACUUCAAGCCAUUACUCUUACCAGAGAUUACUGAAUAAUCAUGUUGGAACUCAUGAUAUAUCCUGCAUGCCACACAUAUUAAUGCUGAUUAUGAUGUUGAUUACUGAAUGAUUAGUGUCGAUGAUAUUUUGUUAAUGCUGUUUUUGCAUUAUUCAUCAAUCAAUCACCUGAAAGUAUUUAUUUUGAUUGUAGCCUACUGCCUAUUGCGUAUUCGGUGUAGUUAUGAUUGUGUAGAACUAAGUAUGUUUUAUGUGGUAACAAUCUGUGAAUUCAUUGAGAAAAUGAAUUCUGUUUUUCUAAAAAGAAAAUCUCAUGUUCACCUGUUAUUCUAAAAGCAAAAUAUAGAAAUGUAUAUUUAUUUCACGUUAUUUAAUAAUGGCAUUAUUUAAGAAACUAAGCCUUUUAGUUUUUCUGUCAGUACCAUGAGACAAUAAAAGAAAAGAAAAUGAAAGAAAACAACCAGCAGAUGUCAGUGCUGCUUGAAGGCAUUGAGAGGCUAUUAUGAGUCACUAGCCUGUCUAGCGCCUACCACUUCUCAAAUGAGACCUUGUCUGGCAACCAGACGUUCAUUUUCUCGUAUUUGAAAAAAUGCCCAGAUGCGUUCAUUGGGCGCCACCGAUGUCUAUCAAAUGCGUCUGUGCAUAGCUCAUCAUGGUCUUGCUUUCUCCACUGUUUUGUGAUUGGUCGCCAACAUCAGGCGAAAAUUUGGGUGUUCGUUUCCAGACUACCUUAGCUGCGUGAUUGAAAUCACUGCGCAAGGCAGGAUGGGAACACCCAGGCUAAGUCAUUACAGGUUUCAGGUGGAAAACUGCACACCGCAACUACAGAUCUGUGAUGAAAUCGCCACCACCAAAUCCUUAUAAGUGCAAUAAAGCUGUAUGUGUGAUCUGCAAAGUGCAGAGGUGUAUUUGGUCUUUUUGGUUUGUGUCUGGUAAACUGAUUUAUAUACUUUUAAUGCUGUUGCAUCAUUAAUCAAUCACUUGAAAGUAUGUAUUUUGAUUGUAUUGCUUAUGUGUAGUUAUGAAAUAGCAAUUUCUAUGGAAGUGCAAAUGCCUUAAUUGAGAAAACUAUUGAAUAAUUAUUGAGAAAACUAUGACUAUGACUACUAUUUGACUACUACUAUUGACCUGAGCUUCUGAAUGAAUGAUUUUAUUAUCAAAUUAUCCAGACAUUAUUGCUCUAAAUGUGUUAAUUACAUUAAUUACACAUUAUUCUAAUUUUACUUUUUUCCUCAGUGGCUUUGGUACAUUUCUCAUAUCAGAAUUGAAAUUCUUCAAACUGCUUGUUCAAACUCCAUAUCAUUUCACCUGUGCCCAUCAUAAACAUAA